CACCGACUACCUUGAAAGACUUGAAGCAGAUGUCUGUGAUGCUUUUGCCAACAAGUUCCACUUGCUAGCUGUUGCACUGGAUCUUGAAAAAGCAUUUGAAAUGGUAUCCAAAGAAAGCGUCAUUGACACACUAGAAGAAUCUGGUCUUACUGGUAACAUCUUAGCUUUUAUUCAAAAUUUCCUCCUCCACCGAGAAAUCAAAGUAAGAUAUAAAAACACACUCUCUGACCCACUUGAAACCAUAAAUGGUGUUCCAACUGGUUCCGUAAUAGGUGUCGUCCUGUUCCUAGCUGAAAUAAAUAAAAUUCUGAAACUAAUUUAUCCACCACUAAGAGCCUAUCUUUUUGCUGAUGAUCUCACGAUAGUUUGUUCUGGGAAAGAUCCAAAAAUUACAAUUCAACUGAUGCAAACAGUUCUGGACAGCAUCAACAUCUGGACCCAAACAACAGGAUUUAAAUUUUCAGCUGCGAAAUCUCGUUAUAUCAUCUUUUCUAAAAAAAUCAUCAGAGACAAAACCGAUCUCCACAUUAACAAAUAAAUAAUUGCCAGAUCUGACGAGAUAAAAAUCUUAGGACUUAUUUGGGACAACAAACUAACCUGGGUAACCCAUAUAAAGCAGCUGAAAGCAGAAUGUCAACGUAGAACAAAUAUACUCAAAGUACUAACAUCUACACAAUAGGGUGAAUCCUCUCAAGUUCUAAUUACCACCUACAAGGCGCUAAUUGAAUCCAAGCUCAACUAUGGCUCAGAAAUAUUUGGCUCAGCAACAAAAUCUAAUCUGAAACUUCUAGAUUCGAUCCAAACCUCAGCUCUGAGGUUGGCUAUGGGAGCCUUUAGGACAAGUCCAACCAACUGCAUCCUAGCUGAAGCCAACGAAGUCCCCCUAAGCCUCAAACGAAAGGAACAGGCCAUUUUAUACUCAAUCAAAUCAUCAGCCGCAGAUAUGGAUUUUUUCACACGUAACCCUCAGCUCGCGGAUCACUAUGAGAGUCACCCCAACACUCCUAAACCACUCCGUCUCCGAGUUCACAACUACUUGGCUGAAUUUAAGGAAACACUACCAAAAAUCUACAAAAGACAGCUAAACCAAAUACCACCUUGGGACAACGUUGAUUUAAUCACUGACUAUAAUAUCAAUGAAAGUGAAAAGAGUAACACAACUCCCGAAACUUUCCAGUCACUUUUCAAUGAGACCAAAGCCAAAUACACAGAUUACUUGGAGUGCUUCACUGAUGGGUCUAAAACCACUGAAAAGGCAGGAUGUGCAAUUAUCUUUCAUGGUCAGGUAAAAGCAGUUAUACUUCCAGGUGCGUACUCUAUUUUUUCCUGCGAAUUGUAUGCAAUAAGAAAUGCCCUCCAAAUGGCACUAGGAAAAAAUAGAAACGUAGUAAUUUACACUGACUCUAAAUCCAUCAUCCAAGCCAUCGAAGAUCUUCUCUCCAAAAAUCCUUUGGUACAACAAAUUCAAUACCUCCUCUACCACUUAAAUAGUAUAAAGGUAGCCAUUGUCUGGAUCCCAUCCCACCAGGGCAUUCCGAACAAUGAAAAAGUGGACGCAAAAGCCAAAAAAGCCGUGGAAUCCGGAAAUUGGGACCCAGAGGCUCUACUCACAUGGACUGACGCUAAAAAGCACGUUAAAAGCUUUAUUCGGAGCCACUGGAAUAAAUAUUGGAGCUCAUUGAGUAAAACUGACACACAAAUAACUCUUACUUACUCAAACAAACCUCCUUCACACCACCGUCUUCCCCGGCGAGAACAAUGUAUAGUCACUAGACUCAAAAUUGGUCACACGAAGCUCACCCAUGCACAUCUUUUUGAAAAAACCAACAGGCCCAUUUGUCUCCCAUGUAAUUCCCUUCUCGAUAUAAAACAUAUACUACUAGACUGCAAUCUAUAUACCAGAAACAGAACAAACCACCACCUCCCAUCCACCCUACAAGAAAUUCUCAACACCCCAGACGGAAAUCGUAAGCUUCUCCAAUAUCUAAAAGAUGCAAAAAUAUAUAACAAAUUGUAAGCCACAGCGGCCCUUGAGAAACUGUUACUGAAAUAUAUUUAUAUAAUAAUAUUAAUUGUUUUCUAUUCACUACUAUGUACUUGUAAUAUUAAUAAUGUAGGCGCUCACGACCUUUAUUGUUGUACAGCGACAUUAAAUAACUAAUAAAAAAAAAAAAAAAUAAAUAAAUUAAGUAGCAUUACACUCGAAGUAGCGUUAUUAGGAGGCAGUAUUACUCUCUUAUCUUUCGCCAUGUGUAAGUAUUAAAAAAUAAUCCUUCCAUUAAUCAAUUAUUAAUAAAUUUCAUAUAUUUAGAAUAUUAUUUGGAGAUAAUUAAUAUUAUACUUUCAUUGCAGGGACUCGAAGACAGGAGAAAAUUUUAGUCCAAAGCCGUUUGGUGACGCAUGAACAUCUUUUUCGAUACAGAGCUUUUGGUACGCGAUGAACAUGCCUGAUAACAAGAAAUAGACACGAGUAGCCAAUGAAACGAAUUUAAUUGAAAUAAAGUCCGUCAGUGACUGUUGGACAUACUUCUCGAGUUUAUAUCAUAUCGUCAAGGAGUGUAAGAGCGCAUCAAAGCGAGGAGUACCACUUGAGCGAUCAACGAUUUGGGAGCACUACGAGGCAUUUAACGCGCACUAUCAUCUCUGCCUCUGUCGAGAGGAGCAACGUUGGCAAAAAUUUAUGGAUUCUC